AUGUCUAACUGUGAUACUUGUGGAUUACCAGUUAAACAAAUAGAUAAAAUUACGUGUAAAAAUUGUGAUAAGAUUUACCAUCAUCUAUGUGGGAAACUUAGUGUUAGCGCGUUUAAAAAGCUCAGUAAAGCUGCUCGUUCCAAGUGGAACUGUCCGAGCUGUUUAUCCCAACAUGAUGAAUCUUGUCCAUCGUUAUCCGAGGUACUUGAAGAUAGCUCAGAAGGCGAAGAUAAUAGAAGUAAUGAUAUACGACGCACCAUACGCGAGGAAAUUAGAAAAACGCUGCGUAACGAGUUAAAGGAUUUUUUUAAAGAUCUUAGACUAGAAAUGGACGAGUUGAGGAAACAGAUUGAUGAGCUUAAGUUAUCUGCGUCUUUCGACAUUUCCCAGGUUAACGACUUGAAAGCUGAGCUUAUGGCUGUGCAACGUGCUAAUACUGAAUUGCGUUCACAGAACUCUGAUAUGCAAAAGACCGUGACUCAACUAUUAACGCAAUUUAACAGCCUUGACCAAAGUAUGCGGGAGGCGAAUCUAGAAAUUAACGGUUUACCUGAAAAUAAGAAUGAAGUAUUAUCAACUAUCGUCACACAAUUGGCUGGUGUUGUAUCGUAUGCGCUAAAAGACUGCGAUAUUGUGAAGUGCGUCCGAGUGGCCAGUAUGAAUAAAGAUAAGUCUCGCCCGCGCUCUGUGAUAGUGAAGCUGCGUAGCCCUAGAUGUCGUGACGAACUCUUUUCUGCAAUAACUAGGUUCAACAAAUCUCACUCGGAUAAUAAAUUAAACACAAGUCUUUUGGGUUAUGGCGGAAACAGAGAACCAGUUUAUGUAUCUGAGCACCUUUCUCCGACUUAUAAGUCCUUACAUGCUGCUGCACGUCUUAGGGCUAAAGAAAAGUCCUAUAAGUUUGUUUGGGUUCGCUAUGGCAAAAUUUUUGUAAGUAAGAAUGAAAAUUCGGGUACUAUUAUAAUUAAGGAUAAGCAGUCUUUAGAGAAAAUUGUUUAA